AUGCCGGAGAUAUUCAACAACAUGAUAAAACGUGGAUGGAAUAGGAGAAACUCUAGAUUUACCAUUCGAACAGUCCCAGUUAAAUUCGACAGCCUUGGCUCAAUUAUUGCACUUUCACACGUGCUGCGGAAACGUAGGUUUCACAGGCUUUUGUUGGGAUCAACCUUGCGCAGUUUCAUCAUGAUUGAUGCCCUGAAAUGGUCACGUAGUUUACAGCAAUUCGCCAGAAAAAGACCCCUCGGUAGCCAUGCUCGUGGUCCAACGAAAAAGAGGUCGAGGUCCCAAAAUUCACAGUCGAGUGGGGUUUUUCCGAAAAUGAUGGUUUAG